UUUCAUCCUAUCAUUUUGUUGUCAAAAUUUUGUGUAAAAAACGCAAAAAAUGAAAUUUCCUUCUGAAUUGUUACAACACCACUUCGCAGAAGUGGUGAACGCUUUAAACGAUGAAGAAAACUACGAAAUCUUCACAAAAACGAAGAAAAACUGUAAGCUUCCAAAAGUGCAACAAACCAUAGUUCAACUUAUACAAAACCCCAGUCAGUCAGAUGAAAAAUCAUUACAAUCGACCAGUACAGAAGGCAGCAAGUCCAUUUAUAUCACGAAAAAAAUCGGAUCGGUUCCUCCGAGAUUCAUAGAUUUAGGAAAAAUCAAGAAAAGAAGAACCAAUACAUCAUCAAGUCAAUGUAUCGGUAAAUACUAA